AUGAUUCUACUGUAUCCAGCAAUCUAUCUGUAUUUUAUGUUAUUUUUGCUUACUGUUUAAUUAUCCACUUCCAUAAAUCAUGAUUUUUUCCCUCACUGUAUAUAUGAAGAAAAUCACAGUAUAUUUUUUUGUAAUGCCUUUGAUAAUUUCUCUCAAUCCAUUCUUCCUUCUCUCAGGCAAAUUGGAGAGAACCUGAUUGUUCCUGGUGGGGUGAAGAUCAUUGAUGCCCAUGGGCGCAUGGUGAUGCCCGGGGGCAUAGAUGUGCACACACGCUUCCAGAUGCCAGACAGGGGCAUGGUGUCAGCAGAUGACUUCUACCAGGGCACCCGUGCUGCUCUGGCUGGGGGAACCACCAUGAUCAGUAUGUACUAAUGAAAUGCUUCAUCCCUACUGGCACACUUUAUAGAAACCCGUAUUACAUGUGAUGUCUAGGUAGAUUCUGACAAACUGAUACCUGGUACUGACAACCUAGAUUGUAAAUUGCUGAAGUUGGUAGCGGAAUACAUUGCGACUCCUGUUGGCCACAUCUUCAAUUUAAGCUUAGAAGACGGUGUGUGCCCUCAGGCCUGGAGGGAGGCAAAGGUCAUUACACUGCCAAAUGAUAGCAAAUCACCCUUUAAUGGUUCAAACAGCCGACCAAUCAGCCUGUUACCAGUGGUUAGCAAACUUUAGGAAAUCACGUUUGACCAAAUACAAUGUUAUUUUACAGAAAACAAAUUAACAACAGACUUUCAGAAUGCUUAUAGGGAAGGGCACUCAACAUGCUCAACACUGACACAAAUGACUGAUGAUUGGCUGAAAGAAAUUGAUAAUAAGAAGAUUGUGGGAGCUGUUUUUUGUUAGAUUUCAGUGCAGCUUUUGAAAUCAUUGACCUAUUGCUGACAAAAUGUAGGUGUUAUGGAUUUACAUCCUCUGCCUUAUCAUGGAUUGAGAGUUACCUAUCUAAUAGAACACAGAGGGUUUUCUUUAAUGGAAGCCUCUAAUGCAAAUUUGGUUGAGUAUGGUGUACCGCAGGGCAGCCGGCUUGGGGCAUUAUUGUUUUCUGUUUUUACUUAAUGACCUUCCACUGACCUUGAUUAAAGCCUGUGUGUCUAUGUACGCUGACGACUCAUCCAUAUACACAUCAGCUACGACAGUAAAAUAAAUAACUGACACCCUUAACAUGGAGUUCCAGUCAGUUUUAGAAUGGUUAACUAGCAAUAAGCUGGCGCUAAAUAUCUCAAAAACUAAAAGCAUUGUUUUAGAUCUAUUACUAAAUAAUGUGGCGAUUGAGCAAGUUGAGAAGACUAAACUUCUCGGUGUAACCCUAGAUAGCAAGCUGUCAUGGUCAAAACAUAUAGACUCAAAGGUUGCUAAAAUGGAAAGAGGUCUGUCCAUGGUAAGGCGUUGCUCUGCUUUCUUGACAUCUAAAUCAACAAGGCAGGUCCUACAGGCCCUAGUUUUGUCGCACCUGGGCUACUGCCCAGUUGUGUGGUCAUGUGCGGCAAAAAAGGGCAUAGGAAAAUUGUAGCUGGUCCAGAACAGAGGAGCACGUAUUGUACUUUGAUGUACACGGAGGGCGAAUGUCAAUCUCUCCUGACUCAAAGUUGAGGAGAGAUUGACUGCAUCACUAUUGGACUUUGUGCGAGGUGUUGAUGGGUUAAAGGUACCGAACUGUCUGUUCAAGCACACAUUUUGGACACUCAUCGGUAAUACACAAGACAUGCAGCCAGAGGUUUCUUCACAGUACCCUGGUCCAGAACAGAGGCUGGGAAACGCACAGUAUUAAAGCAUUAUGACUACAUAGAACUCUCUGCCACCCCAGCUAACUCAAGCUAGCAAUAUAACAGAUAAAAGAACACCUUACGGCACGACAGGGACUGUGAAGAGACACAGACAUUUUUAUAUAUUUUGUAUUAUGUAGUGUUAUGUAUAUUAUGUAUUUUAUUUGUUGUGUUUUGUUUUCUGUUUGGACCCCAGGAAGAGUAGCCACUGCCUUGACAGCGGCUAAUUGGGGAUCCUAAUAAAAUACUUAUACUAAAAUAUUAAAUCCCAGAUGUUCAUGUUGUCAUGAUUUUGAAUAUGUCUGGCCUCUGUAAAAUGUGAUAAUGUUACUGCUAGUGUGUGUGUGUGUCUGUGUGUGUGUGUAGUUGAUCAUGUGGUUCCAGAACCUGGUGUGAGCUUGGUGGCAGCGUUCAACCAGUGGAGGGAAUGGGCCGACAGCAAGUCCUGCUGUGACUACUCUCUGCAUGUGGACAUCACUGACUGGCACAAGGGCAUGCAGGAGGAGAUGGAGAGCCUGGUGAAGGACCAUGGUACGCUGCUAAUUACACAACCCAUUCUCCCUACAUUCACUCAUGUCAGGGGGGUGGGGGAGCUAUCACUUCUACUAAGACUGUCUUUGUGGUUUAUUUCCUUCCUGUGACUGUCCUUUCCUCUCCCUUUUCUAUCCCUUUAUCUAUUGCUACUAUUGCUCAUAAGUUUUCUAUCUUUAGGUGUCAACUCUUUCCUGGUCUAUUUGGCUUAUAAGGAUGUUUUCCAACUUUCCGACUCCCAGGUACGAUUUGAAGCAUUUCAGAUUGGUAUGAUUUACUGGCGACGGAUGGAGGAGUCAACAUUUCUGGAGGCUUGUGCAUGGCUUUAAAGUAAUGAUUGCAUUGCACAUUGUGUAACUAAAUUGCAUGACAGAAUUAUAUUCUGUAUUACAUUUCUGAUAAACUCUUUGAAGGCUGAAUCCUAACUAUAGAUUAGUGAGCAUAAAAAGUAGUUGUUGACGUAAAUGAGAGAUUUGCACGAAUGUUCAAGUUACGCCUGCAUAUCUUAGAGUUUGAUGGCUACAGCACGUCAGUGCUCCAAAUAUUCUGAGAUUAUUGAAGCCUUUUUCACCUCUUCUGGAAAAUCUACUGCUUUCUGAAUGCUAGGUAAAGGAUUGUCUGUCUGUGGGGUGAAUGAUCUCUCCCAUGUGCCUCAUGUCUUUCUGGGAGAACAUUGUUAAUGGCCCGGUAUUGAGUUUUCCCACUCAGCACAGGCUGGUUAGUGUUUAGGACUGACACUGGGGAUGACUCUUGCAACAUGUGCUGAAAGAUUGCCUGACCGUUUCCUGUGGCCUAUUGCAGCUGUGAAUACCUAGUUGAUUGCCGUGUGAAUUCUGAGUUGAACCAAGUGGUCAAGCUAAAGAAAGAAGUAGAGUAAAUGAACUAAUCUAUGCAUUUAGCACUCUCCUUCUGAUUCUGAUUCUCAUCCAAUAUGUGUUGCUCUGAUAAAGAGAUCUCCAGUAAUCUUGUAAAUGUCCUCAUUGCUAAAGCCUCUGGUUCCCUGGCCUGUGUUGACCGGCUGCUUUCCUCUUCCUGUAGAUGUAUGAGGUGUUCAGUGUCAUCAGAGACCUGGGAGCCAUCGCUCAGGUGCACGCAGAGAACGGGGACAUCAUUGCCCAGGUAACCUCUAAUAAACCCUAUCACCUUGUCCCAGCUUGCCUUCUCCAUUGGCCAAGCGCAGGUAGCCUAACGGUUAGAGCGUUGUAACUGAAAGGUUGCUGGUUCGAAUAGCCGAGGUGACAAAUUGGUUGAUAUGCCAUUGAGCAAAGCACUUAUCCGUAGUUUGUUCCAGGGUUGCCAUACUACUAUGGCUGACCCUGUAAAACAACACAUUUCACAGUUCUAUUGUAUGUGACAAUAAAUUAUAUAUAUUUUAAAGCUGUUGUCUGAUGUGUUUGCAGGAGCAGUGCAGGAUCCUGGAGCUGGGCAUCACUGGCCCUGAGGGUCAUGUACUGAGCCGCCCGGAGGAGGUAACUACAACCUCUGGUCAAGACCUGUGCUUAUAUCAGAACUUGAUGUGUGCCUUUGGUUGCUUUACAUGGACAUUAGGGAAGAGGCUAUAUGAUAUUAACAGAACUCACUACAGAUGUAAAGUAAAUGAAAGAGUCAAGUGUCUGAGUGUUAUUUUCCUAUGCUUGCUUCCAGAAUGCCUAGCAGCAUUAAAGCUAGUCUGUAGCUCAACAUGAAGGUCACUGUGUCUGGUCUGUUUGGACUGAACUCCCUCUCUCUGUGUCUGUCUCUGGUGUGUAGGUGGAGGCAGAAGCAGUCAACCGGUCAGUCACUGUGGCCAAUCAGACCAACUGCCCCCUGUACAUCACCAAGGUGAUGAGCAAGAGUGCUGCUGACGUCAUCGCCCUGGCCAGGAAAAAGGGUACUAGUAAAAAGGAGAAAGAUGGACUACAGCAACACGUUUUGUAUUGAUUGCUCACUGUGGUUAUACAGUGGGGGGGGGAAAAAGUAUUUAGUCAGCCACCAAUUGUGCAAGUUCUCCCACUUAAAAAGAUGAGAGAGGCCUGUAAUUUUCAUCAUAGGUACACGUCAACUAUGGAAUUUUAAUGAAUUUAUUUGCAAAUUAUGGUGGAAAAUAAGUAUUUGGUCACCUACAAACAAGCAAGAUUUCUGGCUCUCACAGACCUGUAACUUCUUCUUUAAGAGGCUCCUCUGUCCUCCACUCGUUACCUGUAUUAAUGGCACCUGUUUGAACUUGUUAUCAGUAUAAAAGACACCUGUCCACAACCUCAAUCAGUCACACUCCAAACUCCACCAUGGCCAAGACCAAAGAGCUGUCAAAGGACACCAGAAACAAAAUUGUAGACCUGCUCCAGGCUGGGAAGACUGAAUCUGCAAUAGGUAAGCAGCUUGGUUUGAAGAAAUCAACUGUGGGAGCAAUUAUUAGGAAAUAGAAGACAUACAAGACCACUGAUAAUCUCCCUCGAUCUGGGGCUCCACGCAAGAUCUCACCCCGUGGGGUCAAAAUGAUCACAAGAACGGUGAGCAAAAAUCCCAGAACCAGACGGGGGGACCUAGAAUGACCUGCAGAGAGCUGGGACCAAAGUAACAAAGCCUACCAUCAGUAACACACUACGCCGCCAGGGACUCAAAUCCUGCAGUGCCAGACGUGUCCCCCUGCUUAAGCCAGUACAUGUCCAGGCCCGUCUGAAGUUUGCUAGAGUGCAUUUGGAUGAUCCAGAAGAGGAUUGGGAGAAUGUCAUAUGGUCAGUUGAAACCAAAAUAUAACUUUUUGGUAAAAACUCAACUCGUCGUGUUUGGAGGACAAAGAAUGCUGAGUUGCAUCCAAAGAACACCAUACCUACUGUGAAGCAUGGGGGUGGAAACAUCAUGCUUUGGGGCUGUUUUUCUGCAAAGGGACCAGGACGACUGAUCCGUGUAAAGGAAAGAAUGAAUGGGGCCAUGUAUCGUGAGAUUUUGAGUGAAAACCUCCUUCCAUCAGCAAGGGCAUUGAAGAUAAAAUGUGGCUGGGUCUUUCAGCAUGACAAUGAUCCCAAACACACCGCCCGGGCAACGAAGGAGUGGCUUUGUAAGAAGCAUUUCAAGGUCCUGGAGUGGCCUAGCCAGUCUCCAGAUCUCAACCCCAUAGAAAAUAUUUGGAGGGAGAUGAAAGUCUGUGUUGCCCAGCGACAGCCCCAAAACAUCACUGCUCUAGAGGAGAUCUGCAUGGAGGAAUGGGCCAAAAUACCAGCAACAGUGUGUGAAAACCUUGUGAAGACUUACAGAAAACGUUUGACCUGUGUCAUUGCCAACAAAGGGUAUAUAACAAAGUAUUGAGAAACUUUUGUUAUUGACCAAAUACUUAUUUUCCACCAUAAUUUGCAAAUAAAUUCAUUAAAAAUCCUACAAUGUGAUUUUCUGGAGAGAAACAAAUCUCAAUUUGUCUGUCAUAGUUGACGCGUACCUAUGAUGAAAAUUACAGGCCUCUCUCAUCUUUUUAAGUGGGAGAACUUGCACAAUUGGUGGCUGACUAAAUACUUUUUUCCCCCACUGUAGAUACACUAAAUGUCAAAUCCCACAUAAAUCAUUCCACUUGUAAAUCUGUCCUGCCUUGGAGACAGAGCACGAGUAGGGCUGUUGCGGUGACUGUAUUACCGCCACACCGGCGGUCACGAGUCAUGAAGGCAGUCAAAUUCCACGUGACCGUUUAGUCAUGGUAAUUAGGCUUCUCCAAGCUCGGAUGCUGCUGCUGGUCAUUAGUAGCCUACCAAACUUGCUAACUGCCUAAAGACCUAUCACUAAAAGCUUCAGUCAUACAAAAGUUAUACUUAAAUCCGAACUGGUUCUCUAGCAAAUUAGUAAGAUUGUCUCACCCAAUGUUCAAGAAUGGCCUUUUUCCCUUUAUUCAGAUUACAACCUCUCACUUUCAGUUAUUUGAAAAGGAAAUCAUCUCCCAAAUAUCACUAUUUCUAAAACAAGCCAUAGAAAGUUGGUUGCAAAUUCAAAACUUAGAAUUUUUCAAUUUAAAUUAUUAUAUAAAAUUCUUGCUACCAAUAGAAUGUUAUUUAUAUGGGGGAUAUAAUCUUCCCAGCUCUGCAGAUUUUGCUGCGAAGAGACCGAAUCAUUAGAUCAUUUGUUUUGGUACUGUCCAUUUGUAGCUUGUUUUUGGACACAGGUCCAGGAAUGGCUAAAGGAUUGCAAUAUUUACCUGGAGCUAACCCUGCAGAUAGCAUUACUGGGUGAUCUUAAAAGUCAUAGUCAAUCGAUCAAUAAUAUAAUAAUACUUUUAGCAAAAAUGUUUAUUUUCAAUUUACAAUCUGUAGAAACAAUGAGAAUAGAAGGGUUCAGAACUUUUGUAAAACAUCACAGUACAGUUGAAAAAUAUAUGGCAAAUAGAAAUCCAAUAUGGAUGGUGUUAAGAGAUAGAUGGGAGGUGUUGAAUGGAGUUGAAGGAUGGGACUAAUAACAACUAAUAACAACAAGAUAACUAAAAAUGUAAGCAUACUGUUCCAUAUUAAGUAUAUACCGUAAUUUUCGGACUAUAAGCCGCGCCUUUUUUCCCAUUUUUCGACCCUGCGGCUUAUAUAACGGUGCGGCUAAUCUAUGGAUUUUUACAGCUAACGGCCACUAGAAGACCAUCAUUCGCAAAUGGAAGAAACACAAAAGACCUGUCAAUCUCCCUCGGCCUGGGGCUCCAUACAAGAUCUAACCUCGUGGAGUUGCAAUGAUCAUGAGAACGGUGAGGAAUCAGCCCAGAACUACACGGGAGGAUCUUGUCAAUGAUCUCAAGGCAGCUGGGACCAUAGUCACCAAGAAAACAAUUGGUAACACACGACGCCGUGAAGGACUGAAAUCCUGCACCGCCCGCAAGGUCCCCCUGCUCAAGAAAGCACAUAUACAGGGCCGUCUGAAGUUUACCAAUGAACAUCUGAAUAAUUCAGAGGAGAACUGGGUGAAAGUGUUGUGGUCAAAUGAGACCAAAAUCGAGCUCUUUAGCAUCAACUCAACUCGCCGUGUUUGGAGGAGGAGGAAUGCUGCCUAUGACCCCAAGAACACCAUCCCCACCGUCAAACAUGGAGGUGGAAACAUUAUGCUUUGAGGGUGUUUUUCUACUAAGGGGACAGGACAACUUCACCGCAUCAAAGGGACGAUGGACGGGGACAUGUACCGUCAAAUCUUGGGUGAGAACCUCCUUCCCUCAGCCAGGGCAUUGAACAUGGGUCGUGGAUGGGUAUUGCAGCAUGACAAUGACCCAAGACACACGGCCAAGGCAACAAAGGAGUGGCUCAAGAAGAAGCACUUUAAGGUCCUGGAGUGGCCUAGCCAGUCUCCAGACCUUAAUCCCAUAGAAAAUCUGUGGAGGGAGCUGAAGGUUCGAGGUGCCAAACGUCAGCCUCGAAACCUUAAUGACUUGGAGAAGAUCUGCAAAGAGAAGUGGAACAAAAUCCCUCCUGAGAUGUGUACAAACCUGGUGGCCAACUAACUACAAGAAACGUCUGACCUCUGAUUGCCAACAAGGGUUUUGCCACCAAGUACUAAGUCAUGUUUUGCAGAGGGGUCAAAUACUUAUUUCCCUCAUUAAAAUGCAAAUCAAUUAAUAACAUUUUUGACAUGCAUUUUUCUGGAUUUUGUUGUUGUUAUUCUGUCUCUCACUGUUCAAAUAAACCUACCAUUAAAAUUAUAGACUGAUCGUGUCUUUGUCAGUGGGCAAACGUACAAAAUCAGCAGGGGAUCAAAUACUUUUUUCCCUCACUAUAUAUACAUAUACAGUUGAAGUCGGAAGUUUACAUACACCUUAGCCAAAUACAUUUAAACUCAGUUUUUCACAAUUUCUGACAUUUAAUCCUAGUAAAAAUUCCCUGUCUUAGGUCAGUUAGGAUCACCACUUUAUUUUAAGAAUAUGAAAUGUCAGAACAAUAGUAGAGAGAAUGAUUUAUUUCAGCUUUUAUUUCUUUCAUCACAUUCCCACUGGGUCAGAAGUUUACAUACACUCAAUUAGUAUUUGGUAGCAUUGCCUUUAAAUUGUUUAACUUGGGUCAAACGUUUCGGGUAGCCUUCCACAAGCUUCCCACAAUAAGUUGGGUUAAUUUUGGCCCAUUCCUCCUGACAGAGCUGGUGUAACUGAGUCAGGUUUGUAGGCCUCCUUGCUCGCACACGCUUUUUCAGUUCUGCCCACAAAUGUUCUAUAGGAUUGAGGUCAGGGCUUUGUGAUGGCCACUCCAAUACUUGACUUUGUUGUCCUUAAGCUAUUUUGCCACAACUUUGGAAGUAUGCUUGAGGUCAUUGUCCAUUUGGAAGACCCAUUUGCGACCAAGUUUUAACUACCUGACUGAUGUCUUGAGAUGUUGCUUCAAUAUAUCCACAUAAUUUCCCUUCCUCAUGAUGCCAUCUAUUUUGUGAAGUGCACCAGUCCCUCCUGCAGCAAAGCACCCCCACAGCAUGAUGCUGCCACCCCCGUGCUUCACGGUUGUGAUGGUGUUCUUCGGCUUGCAAGUUAACGCCUUUUUCCUCCAAACAUAACAAUGGUCAUUAUGGCCAAACAGUUCUAUUUUUGUUUCAUCAGACCAGAGGACAUUUCUCCAAAAAGUACGAUCUUUGUCCCCAUGUGCAAUUGCAAAACGUAGUCUGGCUUUUUUAUGGCGGUUUUGGAGCAGUGGCUUCUUCCUUGCUGAGCGGCCUUUCAGGUUAUGUCGAUAUAGGACUCGUUUUACUGUGGAUAUAGAUACUUUUGUACCUGUUUCCUCCAGCAUUUUCACAAGGUCCUUUGCUGUUGUUCUGGGAUUGAUUUGCACCCUUUCGCAUCAAAGCACUUUCAUCUCUAGGAGACAGAACGUGUCUCCUUCCUGAGCGGUAUGACGACUGCGUGGUCCCAUGGUGUUUAUACUUGCGUACUAUUGUUUGUACAGAUGAACGUGGUACCUUCAGGCGUUUGGAAAUUGCUUCCAAGGAUGAACCAGACUUGUGGAGGUCUACACAUUUUUUUUCUGAGGUCUUGUCUGAUUUCUUUAGAUUUUCCCAUGAUGUCAAGAAAAGAGGCACUGAGUUUGAAGGUAGGCCUUGAAAUACAUCCACAGGUACACCUCCAAUUGACUGAAAUGAUGUCAAUUAGCCUAUCAGAAGCUUCUAAAGAAUUUUCCAAGCAGUUUAAAGGCACAGUCAACUUAGUGUAUGUAAACUUCUGACCCACUGGAAUUGUGAUACAGUGAAUUAUAAGUGAAAUAAUCUGUCUGUAAACAAUUGUUGGAAAAAUGACUUGUGUCAUGCACAAAGUAGAUGUCCUAACCGACUUGCCAAAACUAUAGUUUGUUAACAAGACAUUUGUGGAGUGGUUGAAAAAUGAGUUUUAAUGACUCCAACCUAAGUGUAUGUAAACUUCCGACUUCAACUGUAUUUGCGAGAGAAAAAAAACAUAUGGGGGAUUGGAAGUGAUGCAGACAAUUACAUUGAUGGAAGUUACAAUCUAUCUGCAAUAUUAAAGCUGAUCUACCCCCUAAAACAAAUAUUUAAAAAAGCACUUGAGAGCUCAUGUUGCGCAACAUUUCUAUAGGCUAUGGAUUUGUGGGAGAAAACAGAGUGAUGGUCUCUACUAAAAAGAGGAGGAUCCCAUCAGCUUUCUAUAGGCUAGGCCUACUAUAUUUAUUUCUCAACUUUCCUAAUAUUAAGCACAUUGCUUAUAUUUACAACAUAGCCUACCUGGCUGGGAUGAAAAUGAACCACGCGAAAAGCGUCCUCCAUUCGCUAUUUAAGUGCAUAGAUUACAUGUAUUUUUUCCGCUGCCCCUAUUUCGAUACAGGUGCAUGAUAAUGGUCCAUUCUAAAUCAAAACAAAUUUCACACAUAUAUUAUUUAGUAUGUCUGAUGGGUGACAAUAUUAGCCUAUCACUUGUGAAUGAUAUAUUAUCACUUGUGAAUGAUGCCCAGCAUAAGAAACGAAGCCUUUUUUUUGCUACUUUUUUUAAUCAUAGUCGCACACCUGAUGUAGCCUAGCCCAUACGCUUAUAUGUUUUUAUAAGGUUUGUAUCACAACUAAAGUGGCCAAAUAACUUCUUUAAAAUUAAGCACAUUCAUCCGCUUUACAAGGGGUGUAGAGCCUAACUGGCAUAUAUAAGCAGCGCAUGAGUUUCAAGUUUGGGGAAGAUAAUUUUCACCAUAAAAAUGCACCUUUAUAAUAAAAGCAUUACAUGCAUAAUUGCAUUUGCAGUCACUUUUGAUAAUGGUGUUUUCCCGCUAAUGGAACAUUCACGCUUAUAGCCUACUACCAUUUGCACAUUGCUGAGCAUAUAAUGUGAAGAAAUGGCCUAAUAGUUUAUCAACAUUUUAAGCUAAAUGUUCUGAUCUGUUGCAUCAGCCACAUUGUGUAAAAAGUGGUUGUAUUAAUUUGGGAUCUAUUGCACCCCACAACUGUCCCAGACUAUGUUUGGAAUGUUUUUUUCUCGCACAGAAUAGAAUAGGUCGACCUUUGUACUAUGGGGGAUAGUAGAUUGACAUCGGCUAGUGCUUUUGCUGUUCGUUAGGCCUACUCAUCUUGUUGGCUGACAAAGUAAAUGUGGACAGUUCUUCCAAUAUCUUCAAUAUGCACCUCAGAAUUGGAUAAAGACGCGCGCAGUUGCGUCCCCGAUAUGUCUGUCUUCACUUGUAGCCUGUGAGAAAGACCUGAUCACUUGAUGGAGAGCCAUGUGAGUGAGAGGUGAUUCGGAGUGCUCAGCAUUCAGAGAGAAGGGCACAACGGCCGCUGGCCGCAAAAGGCAUGGAUUUUUUAGGGUGCAUUACGGCCACACAAAGGGGAUGCCGCAAUUAAAUUCUAGGCAUUAUCAAGUGCUUGUCAAAUUGUGAAUGAGUAACUGAUGUAGUGUGUACAGCCUGCGCAAAAAAACUAAGCAGAGCUCAUGCCUUUAAAGCAACUUUUUUCAAAUCAUCAUUAGAGUCUCAUCAUGCAGCCUUAAAAUGUAUUAAAAAUCAAAACAUAUAGCCCAACGUUUGUAGAACAACUAAAGUUACAUUAAUAACUCUAAAUUAAGCAUAUAGGAGUACCAAUUUCUUUGUUAACCGCUCAACACAGAAUAGCCGUAUGUGCGCACACCCUUAAAUCGUUUGGAGAAAAUAUCCUUUCUAUUCAGCUUUGUUCAAUUGUAUUCUUCAUACUUUAAUUUACGGAUAGCCAGGGGCACACUCCAACACUCAGACGUAAUUUACAAACAAAGCAUUUGUGUUUAGUGAGUCCGCCAGAUCAGAGGCAGUAGAUGACCAGGGAUGUUCUCUUGAUAAGUGCGUGAAUUUGACAAUUUUCCUGUCCUGCUAAGCAUUCAAAAUGUAACGAGUACUUUUAGGUGUCAGGGAAAAUGUAUGGAGUAAAAAGUACAUUCUUUUCAUUAGGAAUGUAAUGAAGGAAAAAUAAAAAUUGUCAAAAAUAAAAAUAGUAAAGUACAGAUACCAAAAAAAAACGACUUAAGUAGUACUUGAAAGUAUUUUUACUUAAGUACUUUACACCACUGGGUGUAGGCUAUAUUACAUGGAUUUAUUAGAGACUUUUAAAAAUGUAGAUGUUCCUAAGGUCUGCAUCAGUGGCUUGUGUGGAAGCCAGGAGAUGCUAAAUGUGUUGAUGUUAAUUAACAGUCAAUUACCGUGAGACCGACAGUUAUUUGCUUGACAGUCACCGGCUGACGAAAUUUCGUGACUGCCACAGCCCUAGGCACGAGCACUCUGAGGUAUAUUGAACACUGUAACUCUCCCUGCCAUGCUGACCUAGUGUUUUGCUGUGUUCUGGGGUACUCUAGGUACUGUGGUGUAUGGAGAGCCCAUCUCUGCCAGCCUGGGCACGGACGGCACCCACUACUGGAGUAAGAACUGGGCCAAGGCAGCUGCCUUCAUCACCUCCCCACCCCUCAGCCCCGACCCCACCACCCCCGACUAUCUCAAUUCACUGCUCUCCUGGUAGGUGCUCCAUUUAUACUAUGGACCUCUACUCAACACAGAGCUAUGCAGUAAUCAUGUGUUACUUACACACAUCUUCCACCAGAGGGUGGUAUGUCAUCCUAGCCUCCUGGAAAGUCAUCACUCAAGACAAAAUCAUCAAACAUAAGACCUAUCAGUAGUCUCUCUCACUCUCCCCCUCCAUCCUUUGUUCCUUUCCAGUGGUGACCUGCAGGUGACUGGUAGUGCUCAUUGCACGUUCCACACCUCCCAGCGUGCCGUGGGCAAAGACAACUUCACCCUCAUCCCAGAGGGCACCAACGGCACUGAGGAGAGACUCUCCCUCAUCUGGGACAAGUGUGUGGUGAGGCACAGUCUACUGACCUUUUUCUGCCAGUUUCCUACAAUCAACCAUACCACAGUCACACAUGUAUCCUGUUAUUGUAAAUAGAUAUCGAUGUUGUGGUAUUAACAAUCAAUCUACUUUCCCUGUUUGUGCCACAGUGAUUAAUGUCAUCAAGUGGUUGUCUCAGUUGGUCAAGUGAAUGUUUGCAGCUGUUUUGUUAGUCAGGAAGUGAUAGCGCCUUGUCUUCUGAUUCCCUUAGGUUACUGGAAAAAUGGACGAGAACCAGUUUGUGGCUGUGACCAGCACCAAUGCAGCUAAAAUCUUCAACCUGUACCCCCGUAAGGGCCGCAUCGCAUUGGGCUCUGACGCCGACCUGGUCCUGUGGGACCCAGACGUCAGCAAGAUCAUCUCUGCCAAGAGCCACAACGUGGUAAGGGCCAACCCACACUGUACUGACCAUGUCAUGGUAUUUAUACAUGGUUUUAGUCACACCUACUGUAUGUAGGACUCAAUUUCCGAUCAAAAUUUUCAGUUUGGACCGUGAAAUUCUUCCACAUUUUCAUAUGAAACAUUGAAGCUCUUUUUCCUACGAAGCUUUGAGACAACCCAACAAGUAAAAAUCUACUCACCUGAAAUGACUUGUCACAGAUCAGCUCAUGCAGAUAGAUUGGUAGCCUAGCGGUUAGAGCGUUGGGCCAGUAACUUGAAGGUGAAAAAUCUGUUGAUGUGCCCUUGAGCAAGGCGCACUUAACCAUCAUUUGGUCCAGGGGUGCUGUACUACUAUGUCUGACCCUGUAAAACAACACAUUUCACUGCAUCUACAGUUGAAGUCGGAAGUUUACAUACACCUUAGCCAAAUACAUUUAAACUCUGUUUUUCACAAUUCCUGACAUGAAAUCCUAGUAAAAAUUCCCUGUCUUAGGUCAGUUAGGAACAUCCACUUUAUUUUAAGAAUGUGAAAUGUCAGAAUAAUAGUAGAGAGAAUUAUUUAUUUCAGCUUUUAUUUCUUUCAUCACAUUCCCAGUGGGUCAGAAGUUUACUUACACUCAAAUAGUAUUUGGUAGCAUUGCCUUUUAAUUGUUUAACUUGUGUCAAACAUUUCGGGUAGCCUUCCACAAGCUUCCCACAAAAAGUUUUUGCCCAUUCCUCCUGACAGAUCUGAUGUAACUGAGUCAGGUUUGUAGGCCUCCUUGCUCGCACAGGCUUUUUCAGUUCUGCCCACAAAUGUUCUAUAGGAUUGAGGUCAGGGCUUUGUGAUGGCCACUCCAAUACCUUGACUUUGUUGUCCUUAAGCCGUUUUGCCACAACUUUGGAAGUAUGCUUGGGGUCAUUGUCCAUUUGGAAGACCCAUUUGCGACCAAGCUUUAAAUUCCUGACUGAUGUCUUGAGGUGUUGCAUCAAUGUAUCCACAUAAUUUUCCUUCCUCAUGAUGCCAUCUAUUUUGUGAAGUGCACCAGUCCCUCCUGCAGCAAAGCACCCCCACAGCAUGAUGCUGCCACCCCCGUGCUUCACGGUUGGGAUGGUGUUCUUCGGCUCGCAAGCAACCCCCUUUUUCCUCCAAACAUAACGAUGGUCAUUAUGGCCAAACAGUUCUAUUUUUGUUUCAUCAGACCAGAGGACAUUUCUCCAAAAAGUACGAUCUUUGUCCCCAUGUGCAAUUGCAAACCGUAGUCUGGCUUUUUUAUGGCGGUUUUGGAGCAGUGGCUUCUUCCUUGCUGAGCGGCCUUUCAGGUUAUGUCGAUAUAGGACUCGUUUUACUGUGGAUAUAAAUACUUUUGUACCUGUUUCCUCCAGCAUCUUCACAAGGUCCUUUGCUGUUGUUCUGGGAUUGAUUUGCACCCUUUCGCAUCAAAGUACUUUCAUCUCUAGGAGACAGAACGUGUCUCCUUCCUGAGCGGUAUGACGGCUGCGUGGUCCCAUGGUGUUUAUACUUGCGUACUAUUGUUUGUACAGAUGAACGUGGUACCUUCUGGUGUUUGGAAAUUGCUCCCAAGGAUGAACCAGACUUGUGGAGGUCUACACAUUUUUUUCUGAGGUCUUAGCUUAUUUGUUUUGAUUUUCCCAUGAUGUCAACCAAAGAGGCACUGAGUUUGAAGGUAGGACUUGAAAUACAUCCGCAGGUACACCUCCAGUUGACUCAAAUGAUGUCAAUUAGCCUAUCAGAAGCUUCUAAAGCCAUGACAUCAUUUUCUGGAAUUUUCCAAGCUGUUUAAAGGCACAGUCAACUUAGUGUAUGUAAACUUCUGACCCACUGGAAUUGUGAUACAGUGAAUUAUAAGUGAAAUAAUCUGUCUGUAAACAAUUGUUGUAAAAAUUACUUGUGUCAUGCACAAAGUAGAUGUCCUAACCGACUUGCCAAAACUAUAGUUUGUUAACAAAAACAAGUUUUAAUGACUCCAACCUAAGUGUAUGUAAACUUCCGACUUCAACUGUAUCUGGUGUGACAAUAAUACAUUAUUUUCCCCCCCACUCUGAGUCAUCACUACUCUUCAUUUAGAGGAGCUAGCUGGCUACAUCAGCACUAGUUUCCCAUUAAUUUGUCAGCUGAAUGUGACAGUGACCCACUGUGUUCCAGUGAGUCAGUCUCUCUCUCUAGGCAUCUAUGUUGAUGUGAUUGAUGGCCAUCACCAUGCUGGCACAAGUCAUUGAACGACUAAGGCUCAGACUGAAGUUCAUAUGGAAAAAGGCCUCACAUUUCUUAAAUGUUUUUUGUUUUGUUUUGCAAUGUGCAUAUGAAAGUAGGCUUGGCGUUGUCUUUCUAUGUUAUUUGCCCUCUUGUACUGUGUCAGUCUAUUUGUCACUGUUCUCAUCAGAGCUAUUCUUCUGCAGGCUGUGGACUAUAAUAUCUUCGAGGGCAUUGAGGUGCGUGGAGCUCCCCUGGUGGUGAUCAGCCAGGGCAAAAUCGUGUUGGAAGAGGGAAACCUCCAUACCACUGAGGGCUGUGGGCGCUAUGUGAGCCGCAAGCCCUUCCCUGACCAUGUCUACAAGAGAAUAAAGGCUCGCAGCAGGGUGAGUCUAUAGUGCCGUGAAAUUGACAUAGAAUAGAUUAUUGAUUGUUUAUGACCAUUCCCACUGAUAGUUAUGAUAGCAGAACUAGAACAGCCGAACUGAUGCUGUCAUCUUGUCUGUCUCUCUCUCUCUCUGUCUGUCUCCUCCCAGCUGACGGAGCUGAGGGGUGUCCCCAGGGGUCUCUAUGACGGGCCGGUGUGUGAGAAUGUGACACCUAAGGUCAUGACUCCGGUCACCUCGGUGAAGACCUCUCCAGCCAAGCUGCAGCAGCAGCAUCAGCAGCAGCAGCAGGGUCCUCAGCCAGUCCGCAACCUGCACCAGUCUGGCUUCAGCCUGUCUGGUGAGCACAGCUCAAAAUGUCUCUCACAGCUCUCACAUGGAAUAUCAGUAGGAAUAGCAUAAUACUAGGAUGUGUUGGCACACAAGUAUUAUCAUUUGGCAUGCAUUUACAAUAUAUUUAAUUUGUUACAAAUAUGUUGUUUUUCUUGUCAGGAAAAUCAGAGCGAAGUCUCAUUCAAAUCCCCCUUAAGAUUACAUACUUUUUUCUCUCUCUCUAUCUCUCAUGCCCAGGUGCACAAGUUGAUGAUAAUAUUCCUCGCCGCAACACCCAGCGCAUUGCGGCGCCCCCUGGUGGUAGGUCGAACAUCACCAGCCUGGGUUAAGCUCUCCUGUCAGCUGAGCCAGGGAGGAGAUGAGCGGGAGGAUCCACCCCAGCUCCCAGACAAACCAACACAACCAACGGAGGGAGCUUCAUCUGUGGUCCUUCUCCCUGACUCAACUGCACCCUGGUCAAAAACACUCCAUCCAUAUUUAACAGCUCUGUCACCUCAUUCAAAUAAAUAAAAUAGAUAGCACUCAAUGUUUUGUUUUGUAUGACCUACAUGCCAUUAUAUGCCAUCUUCAUAUUUUUUUAAAAGGAAGAGUCAAGUGAAUUUAGACAGCGCUUGAUGUUUUACUGUUUUGUGAUAUAAAUAUAUUUAUAUCCAGUUUAAGUUUAGGCUUUGUUUACAUUUUGGCUUUAAAUUGUACAAGAGGAACUGUGGAUUGCAGUCAUGUGGCAUUUGAUGUAGCUGCUAUUUAAUGGACCUUCUUGACACGCAUUGUUUCCAAUAAGUGAUAAAUGUCGUUUUUAUGAACUAUGGAGACAACGCAUUGAAUCAUUGUCAAAGACGUGGCAUUUUUAACUAAAAUACAUCUUUAUUGUUUUCCUUCCAUCCUAUAAGUGAUGGAAGGAAUGCAUUUGGUAUAUUUUUAAGGCUUUAGAAUAGUAUUGUUGAAGUAACUCAGAGGACCUUUUCGCCUCUCUAAGUCAGUUUGCAGUAUUUGUAUGACUUUAAACAGCUGUGAGUUCUAGAUAUUAUCCUCCCAGUCUUUCUGGUCAGUAUUACCACAGAAGUUUCAGCUGAACAAAUUCACUUCAAUCUUCCUUUGUCUCAUUGCUGCACUUUUUGUAUUGUAAUGUUUUUGUUGUUAAUGUUAUACAUUUUCAAUUGUGUCUAGAGCUAAAACACUACUGUAAUCUCUGAAAUAUUGACUAUUAGAUCUUAGCUUGUUUGCUGAUGGAAUGCACAGAAGUCAAAGGAGAGGGUAUUGUAGGGUUAAACCAUUCAUCUCCUCACUCCCCUCAGUCGGAACACCUUUGACACAAAGUAUGCACAAUCCAUUGCAGCAGGGAGAACCUUCUGCAACAAAAAAAAACGGACAUUUUGCCUCUAUUUCAUCCUUUUUCUUCUUUGUUCACUAGCUAUCCAAAGUUAAAUCUCGCCAAGACACCAGGCUUCCUAUAAUCACACUGCUGUUUAUUUCUAAUGACACUGACAGCCAUGCUGGAUAAAAGGUUGCCCCUAACAACCUCUCUGGUGCUAUUUGAUCAAUGCUGUGUAUGUGCAGAUGGUGGUGCCUACUUUUUCCACUCAACCACAGCAAUUCAAGCUUUGUGAAAACCACUUUACGGGGGAAGCGGGGUCAGCUAUUACCAUUCCUCCAUCAUGGUCUCAUACGUCACAGGUCUUCGUUUUCUAUCUGCUAAAGUGCAAAAGGUGAAUCUGUGAAAAUGUUGAUUUGUAUUAGAUGUUUGUUUUAGGUUUUUUUCAGAAUGUUUGUUCAAUAUCACUUGCCUGCCUAUUCUAUAAAGUAUUGAUUGAUAGCACACUAUAAGAACCAUGUAUUUAUGAAAAAUAUAUCUUAAGCACUGUCAGUGACCAAGCUAGUACAAGUGGUGCUUUGAGAUCCAGUGAAAAAAGCUAUGAUAAUGAAGUCCAUUAUUUACAGUGUGCUGAUGAUGUGGUUUGACUCCUGUCCUAAUUGUUGGAGACAUUAGAAUAGCACCUCCUCGUAGCCCUGUGAGUGUUGACGAUGGGAGCCACUUUUAACAGGUGCUCCAUCAUCACUCUCUUUACCCUCUUACCUAUUCACAUUAGACCUCACUGUUAGUGCCAUUCAUCAGGGUAUGGACAAUGUUUCACCAGACCACAAGCCCAUGUUAGUUAACCACUCACUAAGCACUCACUGUGUGAAAGGUACAGUAGGGACAUUUACAGUAGGCUCCUUAUUCAUCUGAUCAGUUUUCUGUAUAGCAUUGUAUUCUUUCCUCCUUGCCUUGUUAGGUAUAGGUCAUUAUGCCAAGCUUGUAUGUGAUGUAAGUGAAUUGCAGAUGGGGAGGUUUCCUAUAGUGUUUGUUUUUAUUUCUGACGUUUAGCACUGUCAUUGCCCUCCCUCCCCUCCCAUCUAGUGAUAAACUGUUGACCAUGUAUGUAUUGUAGGCUACUGGGAUUUUGGGAUACUUAUUCCUGACGGCAUUGAAUCCCAUCGGUGUUGACUUAAAUGGUUUUAAACAUUAAAAAAUGCAACAAAAUUAUGUCUCUCUAACAGUUAUUUUGCUAACAGAUACUGGUUUAGUUUUGAUGGUCAUUAAAAUACAG